UUAUGUUUCAUAUGCUGGAACACCAGGGCAUCUGCAGAGAUGUUAAAACCGGAGGCGAAGCCAAGCAAGAAAAGAGGCUAGGUGGAAAUAGAGCUGCACUUUUCGUAUAUGCUACGGAGGGACUGGAGAACAUGGCAUUCGUCUCAAAUGCCAUAAGUCUUGUAACUUAUUUCAAUGGGUACAUGAACUUCAGCUUAACAAAAUCUGCCACUUCGCUUACAAACUUCAUGGGGACUUCCUUUCUAUUAACACUGUUUGCAGGCUUCAUCUCAGACACCUUUAUGUCGAGAUUCAAGACUUGCUUCUUGUUUGGAUGCAUAGAAUUAUUGGGAUAUGCCAUCCUAGCAGUUCAAGCGCACUUCCAUCAGCUAAGACCAAUGCCUUGCAAAGGUGUUGCACCAGAUGCGAUGAAUCAAUGUGAAGCAGCAAAAAUUAGCCAAGAGGCAAUUCUUUUCACUGGUCUUUACCUUGUUGCACUUGGUACGGGUGGUGUUAAAUCUGCCUUGCCAGCCAUGGGGGCUGACCAGUUCGAUGAAAAGGACCCUAACGAAGCAGUUCAUUUGUCUAGCUUUUUCAACUGGUUCCUGUUUAGCCUCAACGCUGGAGCUUUAGUUGGUGUCACUUUUCUGGUCUGGAUAAGCACCAACCAAGGUUGGGAAUGGUCAUUUGCAGUGUGUACUAUGGCUGUCUUAUUUGCUAUACUCUUCUUGUGCUUGGGGAAGCCCCUGUAUCGAAUCAAUGUGCCGAAAGGAAGCCCCAUCAUUCGCUUUGCACAGGUAUUUGUGGCCUCAAUAAGAAAUGGAAACCUUCCAAUCCCAGAGAUGACAGAUGAAUUACAUGAAAUUCAUGACAAAGAAGCAGGGAAGCAAGAAGAAAUCCUAGGGAGGACUGAUCAAUUCAGGUUUCUGGACAGGGCUGCAAUUGUAAGGACCAAUAAUGGCGUAUCAACAUCGAUCACCCCUGGACCCUGGAGCCUAUGCACAGUUACACAAGUUGAAGAAACAAAAAUCCUACUUCGCAUGCUUCCAAUUAUACUUAGCACAGUCUUCACGAACACAUGUUUGGCUCAACUGCAGACUUUCACAAUCCAACAGAGCACCACAAUGGACACAAGUUUUAUUGGCUUUCACAUACCUGGCCCCUCAAUUCCUGCGAUCCCCCUGCUUUUCAUGUUUGUUCUGAUCCCCAUAUAUGAUCGCAUUUUUGUUCCAUUAGCUCGGAAGAUCACAGGAAUCCCCAAUGGAAUUCGAUACCUCCAACGCAUUGGAGUAGGGCUAGUGCUCUCAGCUAUAUCCAUGGCAGUUUCUGGCAUUGUGGAAACGCACCGCAAAUCUGUAGCAAUUGAACACAAGAUGGUAGACUCUGUUGAGCCUUUGCCAAUGAGCGUGUUUUGGCUGGGGUUCCAAUAUGCCAUUUUUGGAGCAGCCGAUAUGUUUACUAUGGUUGGUCUGCUAGAUUUUUUCUACGCAGAGAGCUCAGCGGGCAUGAAAUCAUUAAGCACAGCCAUCCCAUGGUGCUCCUUAGCUUUUGGGUACUUCAUGAGCUCAGUGGUGGUGGAGAUAGUGAACAAAGCUAGUGGUGGAUGGUUGGCUAGUAAUAAUUUGAACAGAGACAAGUUGAACUAUUUCUAUUGGUUAUUGGCAGUGUUGAGUGUUGUGAAUUUUGUAUUUUACUUGGUAUGUGCAUCUUGGUAUAAAUAUAAGAAGGUGGAAGUGAAGAAAGUAGAAAGUUCUGGCGAAGAUGAAGCCAAGGUUGAACUGGUAGGAGUUUAGAAAUGUUAGCCAAAAGGGUUUCUUUCCAUGUUGUUGAAUUUGCAAACACUUGAAGUCUUUAUUUAUGUAAAGUAUUAUAUAAACCUAA